AUGGCUGGUGCUUGUGACUGGCCGCUCGGUCAUGGUGUGAGCCGGCCGACAGCCUUUCUUCUCGGGUGGCUUUGGCGAGAUCCCAAUGGUGACCUCGCACCUGAGGCUCUUCUGCAAAGGCUGCAUCCCACGUUGCGAGCAGAGAUCUUCAAGAGGCCCCGCUUGAAGAAAUCUUUCGAGGAUGACAUCCAGGCUGUCUUCAAUGCCUACAAGAACCAGGCUUCAGUCGACGAGUUUCGGGAACUAGUGGAUGGGCGUCUCGGACGGGUUGCUCUGCACUCAUUAGAACGCUCAAGGUGUUUCGUUGGCAUGCUGUAA